AUGUUGUUCGGAUGGCUGGUCCUUACACUCGCCCAGUUUGUCUGGGCUAACCACGACGAGCGAUGUGUGACGGCAGUCUUCUCAGCGUAUAACUACAUCAGCUUUGCCGGAUUUCCCACAAAGGGCAUGUGGGAUACUCGAUGUCGAAAUCCCCUUGAAGUUACAUCCAUUUACGCCGCCACGGAAAUUUAUUGUGAUGAAAUAGAACGUGCGACAGGCCUGGCUCUGCUGGCUGUUGAGUGUCAGGAAUUUGGCCACCAGGAUCUUCUGCCAAGAGAUACAGUCGCCGAGAAUUUGACCGAUGAUGCCAUUCGAAAUAUGAGGAAAGUGGAUUACCAAGAGCUAUCCAGAGCUCAGCCUAUGGACGUGCCCGUUGUUAUCUCUCAAUCCUACUUUGACUUGAUGUUCAACACGAUCGUGAGACAGACCCUUCAAUACUUGGCGCUUUAG